AUUAAGUUAUUUUUUUUUUUUCAGAAAAAAAUGAGUUUCUCCAGCGACGAAGUGAAUUUUCUUGUCUACCGAUAUUUACAGGAAUCUGGAUUCGUGCAUUCAGCCUUUGUAUUCGGAGCAGAGUCCUUGAUAGCGCAGUCCAAUAUUAAUGGCGCGCUCGUUCCACCUUGCGCGCUCACAUCCAUUAUUCAGAAGGGAUUGAUGUAUGUAGAAGCUGAGAUAUCUACUGGUGAAGAUGGAACUGAAAGACUUAUAGAUACUCUUUCUCUUAUUGAUGCUGUUAUGCCAGAUGUUGUGUCCAGCCGGAAGCAGGUUGAGAGUGGAGGUAAACCUCCAGUAAAGGUUGAAGGGGAGGAACCUCCACCGGUGGAGACUACUCCAGCAGAACCAAUGGAGGUUGAAAUGGGACUUGAGAUACCGUUCGAGAAGGCACAAGUGUUGAAGGGACACGACAGUGAGGUAUUUAUCUGUGCCUGGAAUCCGGAACAGGAUCUGCUAGCAUCCGGUUCCGGUGAUUCAACAGCAAGGAUAUGGAAUAUGACACAGGGGGAUGCUCAUGUAACAGUAUUGAAGCAUUGUAUAAAGAUGGAGGGAAAGGAGGUUCCCAGCAACAAAGAUGUGACCUCAUUAGACUGGAACUGUCACGGGAAUCUACUGGCUACAGGAUCUUACGAUGGUUUUGCUAGAAUCUGGACAACUACUGGUAAGCUUGAGAAAACACUGGGUCAGCACAAGGGUCCAAUAUUUGCUCUGAAAUGGAACAAAAACGGAAAAUAUAUUCUUUCAGCUGGAGUUGACCGUACGACUAUUAUUUGGGAUGCGAGCACAGGAAGCUGUAGACAACAGUUUGCUUUCCAUUCAGCACCAAAAUCCUUCCAGGGUCACACUAAUGAGGUGAAUGCUAUCAAAUGGGAUCCACAGGGGAAGUUCCUAGCCUCGUGCAGUGACGAUAUGUCAUUAAAGAUCUGGAGUAUGGACAAGGAUACCUGUGUCCAUGACCUGCAGGCGCAUCAGAAGGAAAUUUAUACAAUUAAAUGGAGUCCAACAGGACCUGGAACGAAUAACCCUAACUCUCCCCUGGUGCUAGCGUCUGCUAGUUUUGACUCCACUGUCCGACUAUGGGAUGUUGAGAGAGGAACCUGUACCCAUACUCUCACUAGGCACAAGGAGCCUGUAUACUCCGUAGCAUUCAGUCCGGAUGGAAAAUAUUUAGCCAGUGGAAGCUUUGACAAGUGUGUUCAUAUUUGGAGUACACAGUCGGGUCAGCUGGUUCACUCAUACCUUGGUACUGGAGGAAUAUUUGAGGUUUGCUGGAACUCCCGAGGGGACAAAGUUGGAGCAUCAGCCUCUGACGGAACUGUUUUCGUUCUUGACCUGAGGAAGUAGAGUGUUAAUACCGCAGGCUGUCUUGAAGCUUAGGAUUGAGGAUUGAGAAAUGUUAAGACUUAUCUUCUCCUGACUUGUUAUUUGUUGUUAAAUAUCUUUUAUACAUAAAGUUUUAAACAUGAAUUUUCCCAGUUAAAAAAAAAUAGAAUUCACGCAUUUUCAUGAAAAAAAGAAGAAAAAACAUUCCCUUUUGUGAAAAAUCCAGUUUUCCUCUGUUGUUUUUUCUCUCUCUCUCAACUAAAUGAGUUUGGAUUGAUAUAUAUAGAUAAUAAAUCCUUAUCGAUUGAUUGAUUGAUUUAUCUAUUAAUUGAUUAAUUGUAAACAAUGAGUCUUAUGUUCGUAAUAUUGCAUUCGUACCUGAUGUAUUUAUGUUGAUGUAGUCCAGGGGUGCAUUUCUUAUG